AUGAGGGUUCGGAAGCCGGAAGCACCCACAGCCAGGGCGGAGCCGAGAGCGGCAGCAGCGGCCGCGGCCAGCGAGAGCAGCAGCGGCGCGGCGGAGGUAGGGGGCAGUGGGUUUGGGGUGGGAGGGCGGGAGGAGGAGACGGUGGCGGGCGUGGUGGGGUACCGCGUGGAGGGGCUGGAGCACGUGUUCCAGGGCGACGCCUGCUUCCACUCGCGCCCCUCGCCGUCUGACGCCCAUGGCGACGUGGCAUUCGAGGUGUCGUGGGGUGCCGAUUGGCGGCCCGGCGAUGGCGAGAGCAGUGACUUGGGCAGUAGUGGUCGGGAUGGUCAGGGGGGCUGGGCGCACGGCGAGGGCGAGGGGGCGUGGGAGGGGAUGGCAGAGGGGCAGCAGGGGACGGGGAGCAGAGAGGAUGGCGAGACGAGUGCGCAGGGAACGAGCAGCAGCAGCAGCAGCAGCAGCAGCAGGACAGGUGAUGGGAUCUUGGAGGUGCCUCCUGGGGCCACGUGGCUGAGUGCCGUGGGGCCAGGGAAUGACGUGCAGAGUGGUCAAGGACGUGGGCAGGGGCGGCAUUCGCAGGGCAAUGACCUGCGCAGCCCUUCUGCUGGCGCUGGGGAGGGCGUGGUAGGGGAAGAGCAGGGAGAGGCGGCGCAUGGUCAAGGGGUGGAACGAGUGGGAUCGUUCAAUGCAGCCGAGUGGGCGGAGGUGGUGAGGGCGGAGCAGGAUGAGAGUGAGGAGGGCAGUGAGGGCGAGGAGGGCAGCGAGGGUGAGGAGGGAAGUGAGGGCGAGGAGGGGUGGGAGGAGGGUGGCAUGCGCACGGUGCUAUACAGGCUGGACCUCGUACACAUACAGCUGCUCGCCUCCUCUGGCUGCCAGGAGGAGGUGGCGCCACAGCAGUGGCAGGAGGCGGCGCCGGAUCUGCUGGCGCACGUGGCGGACAGCAUAGUGCAGCGCGCCAACUCACUCGAGCGGGCGCGGCGCUGCAUGCGCGACCUGUGUGCGCGCGAGCAUGGGAUAGACGCCGAGGAGGUGUGGCUGGCGGGCAUAGACCACCUGGGCAUAGACGUGAGGGUGCGCAUGGGCCUCGAACUGCAGACCUUGCGAUUCCCCUUCAGAUAUCCGGCAUCCACGGAGGUGGCAGCAGAGCGGCUGUUGGACGAGCUGCUGAGGCCGCGCCCCCUGCCCUCUGCCACCUCCACGCGCCUCAAGCCGCGCCUCUCUGCCCGCCAACUGCGCCGCCUCCUUUCCCGCUCAGAUUAUCCGUCGUAUGCUGCAGCGCUGAGCUUCUGGAAGAGUCUCGGCAGGGAGGACUCGACGGCAUCACGCCGCGUUCAGCCGCUGAGCGAGUCGUCCAGCGGCGGAUCGAACGACACGAGCCGUGCUUCCGCCGUCACGGCCCGCUGCAGCACCAACAAUGAUACUAGCCAUGACGUCGGCGCCGAAUGCAACGACGCCUGCUCUCGCGACGACACAGCAGCAGCGCCAAUGCUUCCAGUGCUUCCACCUGUGACGUCGGAUCAAGCGCCGACACAAGAUCCGGCUUCAAGGUCAGAUCAAGUGACACUUAAAGCUGCCGAUUGUGCCGAAUCGCAAACUGCAGCUGCAACGUCGGAUUCCGCAGCAUCGCGACGUGCAGCAUCAGAAUCUGCCGAGUCGGACUCUCCAGCAUCGGAGCCUGCAGCAUCGGCGCAUUCUGCAGCUUCGGCGCAUUCUGCAGCUUCGGCGCAUUCUGCAGCUUCGGCGCAUUCUGCAGCUUCGGCGCAUUCUGCAGCUUCGGCGCAUUCUGCAGCUUCGGCGCAUUCUGCAGCUUCGGCGCAUUCUGCAGCUUCGGCGCAUUCUGCAGCUUCGGCGCAUUCUGCAGCUUCGGCGCAUUCUGCAGCUUCGGCGCAUUCUGCAGCUUCGGCGCAUUCUGCAGCUUCGGCGCAUUCUGCAGCUUCGGCGCAUUCUGCAGCUUCGGCGCAUUCUGCAGCUUCGGCGCAUUCUGCAGCUUCGGCGCAUUCUGCAGCUUCGGCGGAAUGCGCAGCGUCGGCGGAAUGCGUAGCGUCGGCGGAAUGCGCAGCGUCGGCGGAAUGUGCAGCGUCGGCGGAAUUUGAAGCGCAUUCCCGCGCGUCAACGGCGUCAGCAGGUCGCAGCAAGGCAGCACAUACUGUACCGCCGACACGCAUCCCGAAACCGAGCAACAAGAGAGUGAAUGUGAGGCGCGUGGAGGGAGCGACUCUGAUUCCCAGGCCUAGCUGUGCUGCACCGCACAGGGAGGUGCGGGGAGUGCAACUUGAAGCUGCACGCAAGCGGCCUAGCACAACACCCAAGGUCGGGCUCGCCACCUCAAGGCGCCCAUGGCGGCCUUGA